ACGGCUGGGAAGACUCAACUGUUCUGUUCGUCCGUAGCCAUGGCCCGUACCAAGCAGACUGCCAGGAAAUCCACCGGUGGCAAGGCGCCCCGCAAGCAGCUGGCCACCAAGGCCGCUCGCAAGUCGGCCCCGGCCACCGGAGGAGUCAAGAAGCCUCACCGCUACAGGCCCGGGACCGUGGCCCUCCGUGAGAUCCGCCGCUACCAGAAGAGCACCGAGCUCCUCAUCAGGAAGCUGCCCUUCCAGCGUCUGGUGCGCGAGAUCGCCCAGGAUUUCAAGACCGAUCUCCGCUUCCAGUCCUCUGCCGUCAUGGCUCUGCAGGAAGCCUCCGAGGCCUACCUCGUCGGUCUCUUCGAGGACACCAACCUCUGCGCCAUCCACGCCAAGCGUGUCACCAUCAUGCCAAAGGACAUCCAGCUGGCCCGUCGCAUUCGCGGCGAGCGUGCCUAAGCGGGCGUUGCCCGUCUGAGUACUACAAUCUGCUCACACUAUAUCUAGGCCCUUUUCAGGGCCAAA